GCAGGCCGAUGGCGCAGCGGUACGACGACUUGCCCCAUUACGGCGGGAUGGAGGGGGUGGGCCUCCCCAGCACCAUGUACGGGGACCCCCACGCCGCCCGCUCCAUGCAGCCCGUCCACCACCUCAACCACGGGCCGCCGCUCCACUCGCACCAGUACCCGCACACGGCCCACACCAACGCCAUGCCGCCCAGCAUGGGCUCCUCCGUCAACGACGCGCUCAAGAGGGACAAAGAUGCCAUCUACGGCCACCCGCUCUUCCCCCUUCUAGCACUGAUCUUCGAGAAAUGUGAACUGGCCACCUGCACGCCCCGGGAGCCCGGGGUGGCGGGGGGCGACGUGUGCUCGUCGGAGUCCUUCAACGAAGACAUCGCCGUGUUCGCCAAACAGAUCAGAGCAGAGAAACCCUUAUUUUCUUCUAAUCCCGAACUGGAUAACUUGAUGAUUCAAGCCAUACAAGUAUUAAGGUUUCAUCUGCUGGAAUUAGAGAAGGUACACGAAUUAUGUGACAAUUUCUGCCACCGGUAUAUUAGCUGUUUGAAAGGGAAAAUGCCUAUCGAUCUGGUGAUAGACGACCGAGAAGGCGGAUCAAAAUCAGACAGUGAAGACAUAACCAGAUCAGCAAAUCUAACAGACCAGCCUUCCUGGAACAGAGACCACGACGACACGGCGUCAACACGUUCAGGGGGCACGCCGGGGCCCUCCAGUGGGGGGCACACAUCACACAGCGGAGACAACAGCAGCGAACAAGGUGACGGCUUGGACAACAGUGUAGCUUCUCCAAGCACAGGUGAUGACGAUGAUCCAGAUAAGGAGAAAAAGCGGCAUAAAAAGCGUGGCAUCUUUCCCAAAGUAGCCACAAAUAUCAUGAGGGCAUGGCUGUUCCAGCAUCUAACACAUCCUUACCCUUCAGAAGAACAGAAAAAGCAGUUGGCACAAGACACAGGGCUCACAAUACUUCAAGUGAACAACUGGUUUAUUAAUGCUAGAAGAAGAAUAGUUCAACCCAUGAUAGACCAGUCCAAUCGAGCAGUCAGCCAAGGAACACCUUAUAACGCAGACGGACAGCCAAUGGGAGGUUUUGUGAUGGAUGGUCAGCAGCACAUGGGGAUCCGAGCGCCCGGACUGCAAAGUAUGCCCGGGGAUUACAUGUCUCGGGGUGGUCCAAUGGGCAUGAAUAUGGGACAGCCAAGUUAUACGCCACCCCAGAUGCCCCCACAUCCGGCUCAGCUGCGCCACGGCCCCCCAAUGCAUUCCUACAUUCCUGGACACCCACACCACCCCGCAAUGAUGAUGCAUGGAGGGCCACCCCACCCUGGAAUGCCGAUGUCAGCAACUAGCCCCACCAUGCUCAACACAGGAGACCCAGCAAUGAGUGGACAAGUCAUGGACAUUCAUGCUCAGUAGCUUACGGGAAUAUACUUUUUACCUUCAACGACGGCAGAGUUGAAUGUCGUCGCUUGGCAGUGACUUGACGGAGUUCCGAUCUUGGCAUCUAGUUUGGACCAAGGGACUAUCCUCAUUCGUCUUUUACAGGGACCCUGGAAAGCAGGAUGAAACACACCGCAACCGGUUCAACGUCUGGGGGACAUGCAGAAAUAACUAUAUAAGGCAACAGAGUGGAAUAUUGUAAAAUGCUAUUAUUCUAUUAACCAUAUUACGUUGUUUCUUAUAGAUUUUUUAAGAAAAAAAUGUGAAUUUUUUUCCACACUAUGUGUGUUGUUUCCAUAGCUCUUCAAUUCCUCCAGAAGCCUCCUUACAUUUUAAAAAAGAGAGAGAAA